CUCUCCUUUUGGUUCUCUCUCCGAGGUCGUAGUCAACCUACGCAGUUGAGAGGAGCUAACAAGUUCUGUUUUCGUUUGAUUCAUCAGCUAGCGCUGCUGGCAGUGGUAGGAGGAGGAUGGGGUGGUCAUGGAAGUGGUGGUUGUGCCUGGGUGUGAUAGGAGCGUCCGUGUUCAUCGCGCUGGAAGCUGCGUUGGAGUUCUUGUGGUGGAGGCCGAAGAGGCUGGAGAAGCACUUCGCAAGGCAAGGCAUAAGAGGACCCCCAUACCGCUUCUUCAUUGGCAGCGUCAAGGAGAUGGUUGGCAUGAUGCUGGAAGCCUCCUCCGAGCCAAUGACGCCUCAAACCUCUCACAACAUCCUCCCCAGAGUCCUUCCCUUCUAUCACUACUGGAAGAAGAUCUAUGGCUCCACGUUUCUGCUAUGGUUCGGGCCUACGGCGCGCCUCACCGUGGCCGACCCCGACCUCAUCAGAGAGAUCUUCCUGUCGCGGCCGGACGUCUUCGAGCGGUACGAGUCCCACCCGCUGGUUCGGCAGCUCGAGGGCGAGGGGCUGGUGAGCCUCAGAGGGGAGAAAUGGGCUCAUCACAGGAAGGUCCUCACCCCGACCUUCCACAUGGAGAACCUCAAAUUGCUGAUGCCUUUCAUCGCGAAGACGGUGCUGCGCAUGGUGGAGAAUCUGGCGGCCUCCGGCGAGGAGGUGGAGAUAGAUGUGUCCGAGUGGUUCCAGACCGUGACCGAGGAUGCCAUCACCCGGACGGCGUUCGGCAGCAGGUGCUACGAGGAGGGCAAGGCUAUCUUUCAUUUGCAGACACAGCAGAUGGUGUUCGCGGCCGAGGCGUUCCGCAAGGUCUUCAUCCCUGGCUACAGAUUCUUACCGACGAAAAGGAAUACCAACUCGUGGAGGCUGGAGAAGGAGAUCAGAAGAAGUUUGAUCAGGCUGAUCGGCCGGCGAAAGGAGCGGGCUGACGAGGAGAAGCCCGACGGCGGCAAUCCGAAGGAUCUGUUGGACGUCAUGAUCAAUGCGGGCACCAUGGCUGCCCCGCGAACGUCGACGAUCACCGUACGGGACAUCGUGGAGGAGUGCAAGACGUUCUUCUUCGCGGGGAAGCAGACCACCUCCAACCUGCUGACGUGGGCGACGGUGCUCCUGGCCAUGCACCCCGAGUGGCAGGGGCGCGCGAGGGACGAGGUCCUCCGCGUGUGCGGUGCAGGUGACGUCCCCUCCCGCGACCACCUCCUCAAGCUCAAGACGAUGGGAAUGAUACUGAACGAGACGCUUCGGCUGUACCCGCCGGCGGUGGCCACGAUACGGCAGGCGAAGGCGGACGCGGAGCUGGGCGGCCGCAGCAUCCCCCGCGGCACCGAGCUGCUGAUCCCCAUCAUCGCCGUCCACCACGACCCCGGUCUGUGGGGCCCGGACGUGGCCCAGUUCAACCCCGCGCGGUUCGCGGACGGGGCGAGCCGGGCGGCGCGGCACCCGGCGGCUUUUCUCCCCUUCGGCCUGGGCGCCCGGACGUGCAUCGGCCAGAACCUUGCCCUCCUCGAGGCCAAGCUCACUCUAGCCGUCAUCCUCCAGCGCUUCGCCUUCCGCGUCGCCCCCUCGUACGUCCACGCGCCUACGGCCCUGAUGCUCCUCCACCCGCAGCAAGGCGCGCCCAUCGUCUUCCGGUCUUUAGCUCGACCAUCCGAUCCUUGGACGUCGACGGCAGCCCAAAACGACGGCUGCUAUUUUCACUGUGACUAAACUGCCUUGUAAGCUUUGUUGUGCCUAAUGUAAGGUGUCCGUUAAUGAUGCGAAACAUGCCUUCUUUCUUA